CAUUUUGCACUUUCCCACCUCUUUGGAAGUAUCAAUACAAAUGACUGCAUUAACGACGCCUAAUAUUCAAUUGGGAGACUACAUAGUCAUCCAGCGGCAAAAGUAUACAAAACUACAGAAAUUCGGUAGUCUGGAUACCACAGCAACAUUGGGCAAGGAGACACUGGAGUUGAAAUCUCUGCUAGAUCACCCUUAUGGCUCAACGUUCAAGAUGUGUGUUAAGGAGACGAAGGCCGGCAAACGUGGAGCUCAACGGCAGCAUACAUUGGAAUUGUGCAGUGAGACGGAGCUGGGUAGCACCAGGGAGAAUUUGGGAAUCUCCAGCAGUGGAGCCGAUAAUCGGGAUAUUUGUGACAAUGGCGAAGCGCAGGCAUUGAAGUCUUCGGACAUUGAGCAACUGCGUGAAGCCUGCAAUGAGUCCAGCAAAAUCAUUGAGAAACUUGUAGAGAAUUCCAAAACAUUUCAUAAUCGAACCGAAUACUCACAGGAAAAGUAUUUACUGAAAAAGGAAAAGAAAUAUUUCGAGUUUGUCCAAAUAAGGCAGCCAACAAUAAGAUUAAUGGCUGAUAUAUUCUAUAGACAAGAUGCUGAUAAAGUAAUGGGUAUUAGAGUGGAUACCCUAUCACAGAUCAUAUCGUAUUCGGGUGUUUGCGGCUUUGGUAAUUAUCUAUUGUACGAGAGUGGUACAAAUGGUUUGCUGCCAGCUGCCAUGAUCAAUGCAAUUGGGGCCGACACAGAGGGAACAUUGGUGCACAUGCACCCGGGAAAUGUGGCCCAGAAACAGGCUCUGUUGGCGCUUAAGCUUCCGUUUGAGCAGCAACAGCGGUGUAUCUCAGUAAAUUUAUAUUCAGUGCUUAGGGAAUUCUAUCAAAAUGGAACUGCUGCCGUAGACGCGGUUGAAGCUUCGCCAAAGGAAGAAGUCAAUGAACCAGAAACGGAUCAGCCGGACACAUCAACAGAUGAACAGAGCGAGACCACUGAACCAAGCACUAAGAAACCCAAACUUGAUGGCGAAACACAGUCGAAUCCUAGAACUCCUCCUCGUUGGCAAUUGGAAAACAAACGUGCCGCUUCUCUUAUGCAUGCCAAAUUCGAUAGUCUUGUUAUGUCAGCCAAAGAACAUCCUUCUAGCAUUUUACAGGCUCUUAUACCAUUAAUAAGACCGUCUCGCCCCAUUGUGAUAUUUAGCACAUGCAAAGAAUUGCUAUUGGAAACAUAUAUGGAGCUUAAAUCUACGGCGAAAGUAACAAAUCUACAUCUUACAUCCAAUUGGUUGCGCAUGUAUCAAAUCCUGCCAAAUCGCACACAUCCAGAGGUCAAUAUGAGCGGCAACAGUGGAUACCUGUUGACAGGCUAUACUUUGCAAUAGUUACUCGACUUAUUUAAAAAUAAACAAUAUUCAACAUGCUAAUUAAAAUUAUUAUUAGUCAUGGGAUCCCGCAUUUUAA